AUGGUCAGGAUUCUGAUUAUUUCACUGUUUACAGCUUCAACCACUUCACAACCAAAGUCCACUCUUCCAACUUUUCCACCGUCAACAUUUCUCCCAUCAGUCUCCACGGCAACAACACCAACAGAAGAGAGUUUGAGCUCCACUUCAGGAACAUCUAAACCUCCAUCAGCCUCCUCUGAAGACAUCAGGAAGCAAGACUCAUCUUCAGCCUUCACGGCAACAACACCAACAGAACAGAGUUUGAGCUCCACUUCAGGAACAUCUAAACCUCCAUCAUCCUCCACUGAAUCCUCCGAGCAGCUCGACUCAUCUCCACCACGUUCAGAUCUGCAGCUUUACAUGGGUCUGAUUCUGGUGGUCAAGAUCUUCAUUUUAUCGAUGCCUUUGAUGAUUUUCUGCAAGAAGAGAAGAUCCACCAAACCUAAAGGUCCUGUGGAGACGAUCUACAUCAACGUCUCAGAGUCCAGCAGAGUGAUUGAGGAGAUCAGAGAGGACAGACAGAUCAGUUCUCCUCCUGUGGAAACAUCUUCAGUUCAGCCCUCCUUUAAGACUGAAACAUGAAAAUGCUGCACUUUUCCUUCAGGACUCCUGUAGAAACUCCUGCUUUGCUUCUGUGUCUGCUUUUAAAGCUUCCUCAGGUGUGAAGAGUGAACAUUUAUUUCCUGUGAUCUCAGCAGAAACUCACCUUUUCUAACUCUGAUCUCAACAAGCUCCUCGUAUGAAUCAGGGAAAGAUUCUCCUCCUUCUUCAUUAUUCCAUUUACUUAAAGCUCCAGUUCCACAGAGCAUGAUACUGCCACCUCCAUGCUUGAUGGUAGGUUUGGUGUUCUUUGGGUUAAAAAAGACUCUCCAAAGACAGACUGAAACCAGUUCCAAAAAGGUCUAAAAGCAGGAUCAAAAUCAAACCCAAUGCAGUCCAAAAAAUGUUCAGAACCAGUCAGAAUACAGUCUGAAACUAGUCCUAAAAAGUCAACAACCAGUACAAAACCAGAGCCAGAGCCAAAAGGACAAUGGAAUCUGAGGUUUAUUCUCUUUCUUCUCAUUUUCUGUCUUUACAAGCCGUCGUCUCGACUUUUAGAACGUACUUUCAUCCAUUUCUUUCCUCCUGAAGGUUAAACCACUUCAGCAGAUGUUGG